AUGGGUGAAAUCGGUACGAAUCUGCUCCUGCGGAGGAUAGCUGAACAAGCCCGCGAACAGAGCAUGAUACGCGACGCAGCACCGGAGAACAAAUUUCGAAAGCUGCCCAAUCCAACGUCGCCCAGAAACGACAAACGAGUGCACAACCUGUCAUCAAAGGAGCUGACGAAGGAUCAGAUGCAGGUUUUACGGCACGAAGCUUCAUUUAACACGGCUGACGCCAAACCUGUUAACAUGAUUGCAGCAGUGGAAUCAAUCCUUUGUCAGACGGAGGCAACGGAGGAGACUAAGAACCUCAUCGGACACCAAGUGUCGUCUCUCCUGAUGGCCCACAGGCCGCGGGAAGUGCUUUCCAAGGUCGAACGUGAUGCGCCUAGAGAACUCAAGGCCGACAAAGACCUGGUCAUCGUGCCAGCGGACAAAGGACGCGCCACAGUUUUACUGGACAGGACAGACUACCUUCAAAAAGCCAAAGGUUUACUGGAGGACCGACAGUUCUAUGUCCCAUGUGCAACGAACCCUUUAAAGGCGCUGACACGCGAAAUUAAUGCUACGUUGUUGACCUUGGAGAACUCAGGUGCAAUAACACCGACAGACAGACGCAUGGCGAGAACCCAAGAUACGGCUUUGGCCCGAUUCUAUGGCCUCCCUAAGGUGCAAAAAGACGGCGCUCCUCUCCGACCCAUCGUGUCGCUCAAAGGGACUCCAACGUACGGACUGGCUAAGUGGCUGUUCCGGCGUCUCAAGUUCCUGACCGCUGAGUCAGACACCACGGUCUCUUCGUCAGCACAAUUCCUGGAGAAACUCAAAGGGGUAAGCAUCCAUCCAAAUGAGGUCAUGGUAUCUUUUGAUGUUACAUCCCUUUUUACUUCUAUUCUCUAGGACCUGGCGAUCGAGACAAUUGAGCUGCUACUACAAAGCAAAUACGAUGAAACGGAGAACCGUCUUGGACACGCCCAAGUCCUUCAGCUCUUGAAGCUCUGUCUCAGGACGUACUUCACGUUCGACGGGACAAUCUACGAACAGGUGAAGGGCACACCAAUGGGUUCGCCGAUUUCGGGAUUCAUCGCUGAGGCGGUCCUGCAACGGUUAGAGUCGCUGGUCUUCCAACACCACAGACCGAAAUUCUGGGCCCGGUAUGUGGAUGAUACCUUCGUCGUCAUCGAACGGGAUCUGGUGUUGACAUUCCAAGAACAUCUCAACGCCGUCUUCCCGGACAUUCAAUUUACGAUGGACGAGGAAGAGAACAACCAGCUGGCCUUCCUGGAUGUCCUCGUAUGCCGCAAGGAUUGUGGUGGACUAAAGACCAAAGUGUUCAGGAAAGCGACAAAUACGAUGCAAGUACUGAACUUCACCAGUAACUACCCAAUCAGCCACAAACGCAGUUGUGUAAGGACGCUCUAUCGGCGUGUCGAAACGCACUGCAGUGAGCCGGAAGACAAAAUUGCUGAACUGCAAUACCUCCGACGGGUCUUCAAAGCCAAUGGCUACCCGCGCAACCUCGUCGACCGGUACAUACACAAAAGGGACGAAAGGCCUAACCGCACGGACACCAAGUCUUGGCGGGCACUCCCGUGUGUCAAGAACGUUUCGGAAGCUGUCGGCCGCCUUCUCGCACCACUUGGGGUUGGAGUGGCACACAGACCGGAGGCAACCAUCAGGCGUCUGGUCAUGAAACCGAAAGACCCACUGCCACGGCUAGAAACGUCAGGAGUCGUUUAUCGGAUCUGGUGCAGUUGCGGACAAAGCAACUACGUCGGAGAAACCGGAAGACAGCUGCGAACGAGAAUGGCCGAACACGCGGCAGCGGUGCGCAGAAAUGACGCCAGCUCUCAAGUUGCAGCUCAUUCGACGAGAUCCGGCCACACAUUGAAAUUCGUUGAGGCCGAAAUUCUCGCAAGAGGUGAAAACCGAGUGAGCCGGGAGCUACUGGAAUCAUGGUUUACUGGCCCCCAGUCCAUCAACAAGUGCAACGAUCUUCCCAUUCCAUACUCCGUACUGAAACUUCGCCUAGGCGGGGUAACAAGCCAUGCGGGGAGCGCAGAGGUGAACACUCUUCCCAACACCGGGGUCGAUGCGUCAGAUGGUCGAGCAAUCAUCACGCCAACAUCCAACGCACGUGAUGAAAUUGCAGCAAUUAUCGAGUCGAAUGUCGGCCAUCAAGCAAUGAUCACACCAAGUGCGACAAUCCCGGAUGAAGGGGGGAGCUGUGAACGUUCAUAUGUAUGCGGUAGCAUGGCUACUGCAUCCUAUAAAUACCGCAGCCCCUUGUGCAACAACCACCCGUUUCUGCUCUUUUGUCUCUGAUGAUGGAUUCGAGUAGGAAUCCGAAACGUCAGGCUAACAAAGCUCUUGUCCCGGCGAUCGUGUCUCCUUCUUCAAAGGGUACUCUAUGACGAAUUUCGCUUUAAGCCAAACAUUUCAGGCUCACCAGCAUGCUGCCGCGAGUGGUUGAGCAGGAUUUUGAAAUGGUUUGGACACUCUCAGUUCGAGAUUGAGAGGAGUUAAGGAGUGAUUAGCAGGGCCGAUUUGGUCUGAGCAACUUAUGUGAUAUAUCACCUGCUAGCGUGUUCCUAAUUCUCCUUUGGAACAAAUACCUGAAGCAUGUCUUACAUUACAGAACGGGAACUAGUGCCUCUUUGGGCACGCUAGCAAGUUUCCUCACACGAAUACAGUCUUCGAAAUUUGGAAGACAAUCAGAGGUCUAGUAACGACAGCGUCUAACUCACCUACAGAAGACCGAGUCUAUCAGAUACCAUUUCUCCACGGCCUACCCCGCUCCCACCUCCUCUUCUAAAUCAACUGUGUCCGCCAGAACUCCCCUGAACACUUCCCUCGGUCGGCGCAUGCCUGGUCGAACAGCCACGGCGCCUUGCUUAUUGGCUGAGGUGGGAUAGGUUGAGUCAGCAUUCACAACGUGCGCUGCCUCGCGUGAUGCCUCCUAUCUGCAGCACAGGUCUGGGGUGUACGCGUAAGCAACCUUCGCUGCUGUCUGAAUCGGACAAGCAGGUGACGGACGCGGCAUAGCUUCUUGGCUCGCAAUCCCUGCACCAGAUUCCUUCAUGGGAGGAAAGUUUUUAUACACUUCACAAACCUGGACAGUGCCUUUCCGAUGACUCCUCCUCCUCCUUAGGCCGAAGCUGUCGUAGCAGGGCUUACUGGGGAAAAUCUAAAUUUGCCAACAUUCUAAAAGCAGAUAUUCAAGUGGCAGGGUAGAACGCCAAAACUGACCUUAGACACGCUAUAAACGACAGCCAACAGAAGGCAACCGUUGUAUAGCCUGACGCACCAGUCGGGAUUUUUUUAAAGGGGAUCAAAAAUGACUUCGUCAACAGUUUGUUGACUACUGUUGCAUAUGUCUAUCAUAUAUUGUGUCAUGUAGUCCGUUUGUUAUUAUCAACGAGGACCACCAAUGUCCCGAAGGCGCGUUGGCGACCUGCGCGAGAAUGGGUUUAUGGUGGGACAUCUCGCUCUCUCUUCCAAGAUACUUGGGAUGGCUCUCGGCUAUGUACUGGGUUGUCUGAUAAGUAUCUCGUUCCUUGCAAAUGAAAACUCUCCCACCAGUUUUCUUUGCUGUGGUGAGGAUAAAAUAUUUUUCGAGAGCAUUUUUGCUCUACAAGGCCACCAUGCCCGCUUUCCCAUAGAAUUUACUGUUUCUUACAUUUAAUGCUUAAAUAAUGGCGUGUAAAGUUGAGAGAAGUGAUAAUUUUUGACACUUGCUUCCUUUUGCUCCAAAGCUGCUAAAGCUGGUUGUGUACGAAGAGGACGCUAUGCCUGAAAGAAUACCUCAAUAUUGGUUCGUCGAAUUUAAAAUGACAGAUUCAAGAUCAAAGACGGCCUUCUCCCCUACCGGCGACGGACUGGUUUCAAUGAGGAUUGCCUUAAUGCAGCUUUGAAAGAAAAUGGCCGGUAGACCAACAGUGAAAUGACGGAAAAAUUGCACUGACACCAUCAUAUCAUCCUCACUCACAUGGAGUCGGUGGGGAAAGUUCAGAGGUUUAAAGGUUGGGUGUCGCACACUUUGUUUGAAGGCGGCAAACAUGGGGGCUUUGCUAUCGCUGCCGGUUUCCUUGUGUGGCAUAAAGGCCCCCUUAGACACAAAUAAAGAUUCUUCCGUCACAUAGUCAUUGGAGGUGAUAAAUGUUUCCUCCACGUCAGUAUGAAGCAACGAAGUAGGUGAGCUGCAAUGAGGAAACAACAUCUUGGCCAAAGCAGGAUCAUUAUCCUCGAAAGAUUAUGAUUUAGGUGGGGUAGGAUUAGGGGUGCGUAGCAACUUACGAAAUGCUCGAAAAAAGUCAGACGAUGAAAAGAAACCUCUAUGCAGCUCAGAUGCAUCGCUCAGACUAUGCUACUCUACGAAAACCAUCCGAUCGUCAAGGCCAGCUGAUUCUGCUACAUGAAUCCAUCCAAUCUCACACGACCCAAUUCGCCAAAAUGCUCAUCCAAGGGCUAGACUGGGAAGUACUGCCAUGUCCGACCUUCAGUCCUGAUCUUGCUCCGUCAGACUAUCACCUUUUAGGUCGCUUUCAAAGCUAGUGGAUGACGUAACAUUCGACAACGUCUGAAACCUCCAAAACGUAAUUAAGCUCAAAAUUUAAGAAAUAUUAAAUGACACUGGAAAACCCUGACAAUGGUUUUCUAGAACAGAAAGUCUUCCGAUCAGGAAUUAUCCCCACAAAAAAUUGCUCCUAACAGUUGAUGCAAUGGCAACGGUGUGGAGAAGGACCCCACUUAGCUGUCAGUAGACUUUGGAUCGUGCCACACGUGAUUUAUGGUAAAGAGAGUUUUAUGGGUGGGGCAGCAGGCUAGACAGUAAGCUGACAAAAUGAAAGAAAACACAGAAAUUGCCCGGAUUUGUGCCGAAAGUCUUAUCCUACGCUAUUGUGUGAGAACGGAAAUGAGACUAGUAGUUAAACAAUAAUCAAAAAGCGAAUUUCACACAAUAACGGAUUUUGCGCUAAGGUGUGAGGUCGUAGGAAGUAAUCGUUGUUGGCAGUGUAAUUUCUGCAUCGGCCUGCAAAUGUGUGCGAAUACUAAACCCCAUAUAACACGAUCCACAGCCUACUGACAGCUAAGUGGGGUCCUUCUCUAUACCGCUGCCGAUGCGAUAAGUUCAUCGACCUCAAGGGCCAACACGGGUCCAGAUCAGGGAAUGACAGGCGUUAUUGGGGAUGCGCGCCCCUAAAAAAUGCCACACCUCGGAGGUGUGUUGGCACGCCUGGACGCAGGCUCACGUCGCACCAGUUAUCUGCGCCUGCUCCCGCCUGCAAUCUCCUUGACUCCCUUUUAACACCGGAUUCGGGAGGCUGAGGGAAAAGGUAGCGUGAUAGAUGCAGCGCAAGUCUACUACCACUUUAAAAUUAUUCACGCAUAGUCCACUGUCCCUGUGCUCACCAUGCUCCGGGGACACACAGUCGAAAUUGCCGAAAUCGACGGCCGAACUGUCGAAUAAUGUGUAAAACUUGUCAAAACAAAGCAAACAGGUGCAGCGAAGUGCAGCGUACAAAUACCAAAAGAUCGUUAAUAAAUGCGCGAAAAUUCAACAGCCUUGGUGUCGCCAUGAAAUACCUUUUACGUCCAGUGUUGGCUUCUUUAAAAUUUUUUCCAGGCAAAGAAUAUUUAGACGAAAUCAACCGCCUAAAGGACACUGUUGGGUAACCGACCGUGAUAAUUUUUACUUUUCUAUGGUAUCUGGGCAGCGAAACUUUCAGUUUUAGUAUGCCCUCGGUGCAAAGCCAAAUCUGUGUUACUUGUACCCUCCCUCUGGGUUAUUUGUUUUGUUUAAGUCAUCAUCUAUGCAAGAAGGGCAGUAAAUAAAUGUGCGGUCCCGAGUUCAAGUCAAUGGCGAAAAUGUGAGACCGUGGGUAGACAGGCUUGUAUUGAACAGAAAAACAAUUUCUGCAAAUGUCCAAGGAUAGAUUAGAGAGAACAAGUCGUUCAAAGGACGAUGCAGACUUCGAAACCAUCAUCCUUUCCUAACCGCCAGUUGAAUGUUAAAGGCUCCAGUUUAUGUAAAGUGCUUUUUGGUAACUGUAUCCGCAAAUGCUCCAAUGUCCAUCCCUUACCUCCAAAAAAGGUAGGACAUUAGAAGCCGUUUGAUGUCAAUCUUCAGGAAACCCAUUUCAUCCCUAUCUUGUCGCACAGACGAAAGCUCCCCGCUUCCGACUGGCACGUCUUCUUGAUCUGUAGUCCAAAACUGCGGGUAACAUCCAGCUCUUGAAAGAUCAUAUGGCUACACCUACCUGCUGGAAAACGAAAACAAAGUACGAAUGUGCGCAAGCUAACAUGAAUUCGCCUACCAACUAAGGUGACAAUCGUAAAACGUUCAGUCAUCUCGAAUAUGAAUGUCUUGGUAAGGUGUGGUUGUGCAGCCGCAUCUGUUGGAAAUAAUACUGUUGGGGCAACUAUUUAUCAGCUACUCAAAGUAAAAUUGUGCAUCCCCAGUAGCUUUUCAUUUGCGUACAAUUACCUGACAUCGUCGCCUGUGCGUUUCCCGGCCCCACUCGUAAAAACUCAUAUCACCAUUGACCCCGUAUUACAGGCAGCUGGGGUUUGUUUACCUCAGGUGCGACUGCAUAACCGCAUAUGACCGAAUAUGGCAAAUAUCUUUCCGGGACAGUGUUGACCCGGAGACCAAGGGCUAACCGUUUCUGAUUAACGUUACUCCCUGAAACUAAUAUUCCACACGUAAACCUGUUCAUCGGAUGUGGGACGACCUCCAACCUCUUCAGGCACACGCACAUUCCGAUUGACCAUUGACAGACAGGGAACCCUCGUCAUUAAUGACGAAGUUAUUCUGGUAAAGCCGGAGUGCUGUCUACGGACAAAUGGCUUUUGAGGGCAUUUGUUUUUACGAAACCAUGAUGAAUUUCCCGGGUAUAGUAUGCUAAGUCAACGACAUAUCUCAACAAAUGCCUCGUCAAGGCGAGCUGAGACGGACUAUGGAGAGCAAUGUAGAAUUUAUGACAACCAGAAACGUCCAGACUUGUAUUGAGGACAUCUCAGGACGACAGGAUGUCUGCAUCUCAGGCAAAAGAAUCAGGUCAGAUGACUUCAAUUUGAUUAAUGAGAUGCGGUAGGGUUGUCGAUGUAUAAAGUUCGAAAACAACGAGUUUCCCGGGUCAAAAGUCACGGAGACAGAACAAGUAGAACAAUCCUUUGAGUCAAUCGGGAACCUAUAAACAGCUCAGAAAUCAGAGGCAACAAUUGCUCUACCACACCGAGAGCCAGCCGUUGUUGUCUGCGCGAGGUGUGGACGUGCACCUGAGCUGUGUCCGGCUUCGGCAAAUCAGACCAAAGCAAAGUAUCGAUCUGUGUCACGGUGUUGUCAAGUCGUGUCUCUGUCGCUAAGACGGGUGGUCUGCCUCGGGGGUUACCUAAAUUCCACAACAAUCUUUAGAUUUAUACAGGAGAAUUUGCAUUUCAUUGUCCACAGACGGAUAAGUUUUGAACUAAUAAUGGAUAAAUGGAAAAUGGUCCUCAUACCAUGAAAUAAGCAGCUACCACGGCGUUUCGGACAAUUUUUCUCUCUUGGGAAUUAUAAUCUUGCCAACCACUACACUCGAUAGCUAACUCGAAUUUUGAAUUUCAGUAGGAUAGCCAAAUGGUUGACGAGGUACAACACUCGGUAGGAAAGCAUAUCCGUCUCAGGACCGCACUGAAAAUACACAGAACUGUCGCAAUGACCACGAUGCUUUACGGCCCUGAUGAAUGGACUGUACACCAGCGACAAGUCGGGAAUCUCAACCCCCUUGGCCUGAACUACUUACUGUCCUUCUAGAAGCAGUGUAUCGUUAACCGUGUGUUGCAACACAGCAGACCUUCGCGAGAUAGAUAGCUCACUUCCACGUUAACUGACAAUUUGUGUCGCGUCAAUGGGCCGAUGGACCUCGCCGACGUCCGUAGACAUAAAAAACAGAGGGUGGGGAAGACACCGCUGUUUAGUAAUUAAAAACGGAAACGGUCAAUGUGGUUGGCAAACUUCGACUUAGACAAAAAUAAUUAAGGGACAAGCCCUAAAAUGCAUUACAAGAGGACUUUUGAGAGUCCGCUCCCACGAUCACCAGCACGGUCACUUACUCAUGCAGCCCUUCUGUCCGCCUGUCAUUUCGCUGCUAGGGCCGUGGGCGACUUGUCACUAGUGUGGCGAGAGCUAGAAGCCAAUCGACGCUGCGUCUUUCGACGAUUGGCUUCUGGCAGACAAAGUCGAGCCGCACGCACGCCGUUCGCAUCAGGACUAACUUGCCUGGGACGAACGUUAGCUGCAACUCCUUGUGGUGUUGCGUGGACACUCCACGCUUCAGUAAAAGCCUAUUCAUUGAACUGUCUUUCCUACCUUCUGAUUCAUCGGCCAUCGUACUGUGACAUGAUGGUCAUUAAAAAGCCGUAUGCACACGAAGAUAUACUAAAAUGGUCGUCAUAGAUUCAUAGGAAGUAUCUAGUUCUCUCUGGUGAAAAAGUAUUUGACGUAGGUUUCGCCAUCAAAAUGCCUGAGUAGAAGGUGCCUUAAUGAGGGAUGCUCGCGAUUAGUGGUCAAUUUUAGUCAAAAUGAAUAUGUGCGUCGAGGUCCGAAACGCUCAUCUGUUUUUUUUUGUGGCGGCAACUCGAGAGAUUACGGUAGCGUUACCAGUUUUCAGCGGCUGUUGACUAUGCAAUCACGUCUGGAACGAUUACCAAGUGUUUGUUUACGCAGUCAGUCGUGGUGUAACCCCUCCCACCAGGACUCAUAUGAGCGAACACCUGUGCCUUGACAGUUGAACAAGGCAACCGUGGAGUUGGUGUUGUGAGUAUCCGUUCAUCGGUUUGAAACGAGGGACGGAUAAACCAAAGUCCGCAAGAUCAGUUACUCGGUCUCAACGCCCGAAUGAGAGUAACUAGCGUGUGCUAACCUGAGGAUACUUAGAAACUCAUGAAAAGUGGUCAAAGCUCAUGUUCAACCCGUCGAGGGAGUGGAGACUGACGAAUGAGAGGACCACGGACGCUUGUGGUUAUUGAAGAUAAGCAGAGGAGAGUAACUCCCGAGCGCGUACUGACAGAUGCAACCGUAGCUGCAUAUUGUCACGAUUAACUGUGAAACAGUUGCUCCCCCAGUAUACCAUCUAUUUGUGGACUUGCCUCUGAAGUCAACCGCCGCCCCGACGCUAGUCACCUUCCCGAGGACUUUCCCAGAGGCGCUGGCCUUACUGUCUGACCGACCAUAAUGCACGUUCAGACAACCACAGCCGUCCUUGUUUCGUGCAGCGCAACAGUACACUUAGACGAAAGAAAGUGACCUAUUAGGCCUAACCUCACCCUUUCAGGGCAGGCCUUGGCCUCGUCGGCUUCAACUGCUGCCCGAAACCGCAGCUAAUAACUCUACACUGAGUUACUCGCUCAUUUGUGCUAACUGGGAUUUAAUUUGACUACUGUGGGGACCAAAACGCGUCCACUAAAUUAACCGCCAUAUAUAAAUAUAUCAGCUACCCCGAAAUACAGUGUCUCUGAUUGUAAUGAAUAUAUUUUCGUUCUGUUGCAUUUAGUCUUUUGCCUGUAUCUUUUUAAAGACCAUGUGUAACGAGAUUUUCAUUUUAACUCGCACAUGGCUAGGUUGGAAAUAUCGAAAUGGCGAUUUGCAGAAGAUCUUGAAUGAUGAGUAUGAUAAAGCAGAUCCACUGGGUGCAGUCGAACAUGACGCUUGUCAUGAUUCAAGCUAACGUAACUGAAGGUCCGUAAGCUCCUGAAGAAAGGCUGACGCUACCCAGCACCUCAUACUGCUUCAGACUUUUCUUUUCAAUGGUGGAGGGGCGCUCACUGAUCGUUCUUACGGAACUCACUCUUCCCAUUGUGCCUUAAGGAUUCUCCCUCUCGAGCCCAACCAGCAGCCGCACAGCGGCGAAUGA